UCCUUUACUUCGCACAUUUAAUCAUUCCGUUAUUUUUUCACAAUUCAUUAAGACGUAAGGGCUGAGUGUGAACGUUUCCACGAGCUUACUUUCCACAUGUGGAAUAGCUACAGCUAGGAAACAAAAUACAACAUUCAAAUGCAAUACUGCUACUUCAAAAUGCAAGAGUCGAGGUGGUCAACACCAGGCUGAAUUUAAACCUAAACAUACGCGUGAUUUAAAGCCCGAGGAAAAGCAGUCACGCGAAGGUCCUGAACGAGAAAUGGAAAUUCCCGCCUCUUCGAUCACAAACCACUCCAUCAUUACACCAUUGGGAUUUUACAUUGUCGGAUUUACGUUUUUAAGAUUUACUGAUUUAUAUUUGAUUUUCCUCACCGUUGUUUAUAUUGUAACAGUUUUGUUCAACUUCUUUAUCCUGUACAUUAUAUGGAUAGAUUAUCGCCUGCAUACUCCAAAGUACAUUGCGGUGGCUAAUCUGGCGAUCGUCGACUUGGUGCUCAGUACAAGCAUUAUCCCCAGUAUGAUCAAGAUGUUUCUCGCGAAGGAAAACUUUAUUUCCUACAACGCAUGUUUGACACAGAUGUUUUUCUAUCACUGUUUUGUCUCAUUAGAGUCGUUUUCCCUCAGUGUACUUGCCUAUGACAGGUUCAUUGCGAUAUGUUUCCCACUGAGACAGAGCUCUAUCAACACAAUCACAGUCAUGAUCAGUAUUUUAGUCACUGUUUGGUCAUUGGUUAUAAGUGUUGUAGUGUUCGCGGUAAUAAUCAUUACCAGAUUGUCUUUCUGUAAUUCGGUCAUCGUGCAGAGCUACUUCUGUGAUUACACCCCUGUGUACAGGCUGUCUUGCAAUGAUCACAGAUUGCAGUGGACCACUGCCGCUACUCUGAGUUUAAUUAUUGCGUUUGGGCCCCUUAGUUUAAUCGUCAUGUCUUACGUUUGUAUUUUGACAGCCGUGUUCAGAAUGAAAAGCGUGGAGAGCAGGUACAAAGCACUUGUCACCUGCACAGAACAUCUCUUUCUAGUUACGAUUUUCUACGGGCCUAUCUUGGCGGUGUUUAUCAUUGACAUUUUCUUUGUCCCCAUCGAUACGGAUGUCGCUACGUUGACCUUGUCGUUGGCCUCAUGCAUCCCGCCCUGUCUGAACCCCAUUGCGUAUUCGCUGGCUACCAAAGAAAUAAAGAACAGAAUACUGGCUAUGCUCGAGAAAGUCAGGGUAGGAGCGUGCUCAGGGCAGGCCAAGAGCCAAAGAUUGUAGCACUUUUUUUUCAAAUGAAAAACAUCCCUUUAAUUUUAGCCCUUAGUGUUUGGCCUCAUUUGCCCAAGUUAAUAUAAAGUCCAACGUGAGGAGGUUUAAUUGUAUUUCCAUAGAAUACUUUUCCACUGAUAUGUUAAGAUUAGUUUCCAGCUCCAGGAAGAAAAUGGUAAAUGCUAAGAUGUCCGAUUGAUUAUUUAAAAACUGUAAAA